UUCUGUCUCCUACUCGAGUGACUGCUGCUGUCAUAGCCCUGGACUGAGAGCAUGGACAAGCUGCUGUCCCUGCUUGGGGUGUCUAUACUUGCAGGCCUGCUUUUAGAAGCCUUUGCUCAGACAGACCUCACAGGAAAGGUAUUUGUGUUCCCCAGACAGUCUGAAACUGAUUAUGUGAAGCUGAUACCACGAUUGGACAAACCUCUGCAGAACUUUACAGUGUGUUUUCGAGCCUAUAGUGACCUUUCCCGCCCUCACAGUCUUUUCUCCUACAAUGCUGAGUACGGAGAAAAUGAGCUGCUAAUUUAUAAGGAAAGAAUUGGAGAAUAUGAACUGUACAUUGGAAAUCAGGGAACCAAAGUCCAUGGGGUGGAAGAAUUUGCUUCUCCAGUACAUUUCUGUACUAGUUGGGAGUCCUCUUCUGGCAUUGCUGAAUUUUGGGUCAAUGGGAAACCUUGGGUAAAAAAGGGUUUGCAGAAGGGGUACACUGUGAAAAACAAACCCAGUAUUAUCUUAGGACAGGAACAGGAUAAUUAUGGAGGAGGGUUUGAUAAUUACCAGUCCUUCGUGGGAGAGAUUGGGGAUUUGAACAUGUGGGACUCUGUGCUGACCCCAGAAGAAAUUAAAUCUGUAUACCAAGGUGUCCCCCUUGAGCCUAACAUUCUGGAUUGGCAGGCUCUGAACUAUGAAAUGAAUGGCUAUGCAGUCAUCAGACCCCGUGUGUGGCAUUAAGCUCUUACAACAAAAUCUCAUGAAAAUGAAAUGAUUAAUGUCCAAGAGGUCAAAUCAGCACAACGUGACACUUAAUCCUGAAUCUGCAGCCUUUUCUUCCUUGUGAGCUUCCUGUCUACUUAUCUGGCUA